CAGCUUGUCAACAUGAUGACAAGUUUAUAAGUAUCGGAGACAGGCAGACCCUGCCACUGUGGCUCACGUUCAGACAACUUUAAGGUUCGAGUGAGACGCUGGUUCUGUUGUAUUCAGAUCACCCUUGGUAUCAGCUAUGAGGGAAGUCCUAUCAGUCCACGUGGGACAAGCCGGAUGCCAGAUGGGCAAUGCAUGCUGGGAGCUGUACUGUUUGGAGCACGGUAUCCAGCCCGACGGUCAGAUGCCUUCUGACAAGACUCUCGGGCAUGGGGACGACUCCUUCAACACCUUCUUCAGCGAGACCGGCGCUGGGAAGCAUGUUCCGAGGGCCGUGUUCGUGGACCUUGAGCCAACUGUUGUAGACGAGAUCCGUACUGGCACCUACCGACAGCUGUUCCAUCCCCAGCAGCUGAUCACCGGCAAGGAGGACGCCGCCAACAACUACGCCCGUGGCCACUACACCAUCGGAAAAGAAAUGAUUGACCUGACCAUCGACCGGAUCCGGAAGCUGGCAGAUCAGUGUUCCGGUCUCCAGGGGUUCCUUGUGUUCCACAGCUUUGGGGGUGGCACAGGGUCUGGAUUCACCUCCCUGCUCUUCGAGCGGCUUAGUAUAGAGUAUGGGAAAAAGUCCAAGCUUGGGUUCUGUAUAUACCCAGCCCCACAGAUAUCAACAGCUGUGGUCGAGCCCUAUAACUCUAUCUUGACCACUCAUACGAGUCUAGAACACACAGACGUGUCUUUCAUGGUCGACAACGAAGCCAUCUAUGACAUCUGUCGCCGUAACCUUGACAUUGGAAGGCCAACCUACACCAACCUGAACCGUCUGAUUGGUCAGAUUGUCAGCUCCAUCACCGCCUCGCUCCGGUUCGAUGGCGCCCUGAACGUGGAUCUGACGGAGUUCCAAACCAACCUGGUGCCUUACCCAAGAGUGCAUUUCCCUCUGGCGAACCUUGCCCCCGUUAUCUCCGCUGAGAAGGCCUACCAUGAGCAACUGACCGUGGCUGAAAUCACCAAUGCUUGUUUCGAGCCCGCUAACCAGAUGGUCAAGUGUGACCCCCGUCACGGCAAGUACAUGGCUUGCUGUCUCCUAUACCGAGGUGAUGUUGUCCCUAAAGACAUCAACGCCGCUAUCGCUGCCAUCAAGACCAAGAGAACCAUCCAGUUCGUCGACUGGUGCCCGACUGGGUUCAAGGUCGGCAUCAACUACCAACCACCAACUGUUGUCCCCGGCGGUGACCUGGCGAAGGUCCAGAGAGCUGUCUGCAUGUUGGCAAACACCACGGCCAUCGCUGAGGCCUGGGCUCGUCUUGACCACAAGUUCGACCUGAUGUACGCCAAGCGUGCCUUCGUCCACUGGUACGUGGGUGAGGGUAUGGAGGAGGGAGAGUUCUCCGAGGCCCGUGAGGACUUGGCUGCCCUGGAGAAGGACUACGAGGAGGUUGGGACCAGCACCACGGACGAUGAUCUGGAGGAAGGAGAAGAGUACUAACGCCAGAUUACCCAGCCCCGCGCUUUUGCAUUGCUCGUUACCAUGGUUACUAACUACGUCACUUUGAGUUUUAUCGAAACCUUAUCACGGUGAUAUUGUGAUUGCGAGAAGAUUUGAAUAAACUCACCGGAGAGUUUUUGAAAAUAGAAAUUUCAGCAUAACGCAAAGUAGUGUUCGUGGUGCGUUCUGAAAGACUGUGACCCCUUGACAUUUUUAAAAUAUCAUUCUUUAAGAAUAAGAGGUAAGGACCAAA